AUGGCCAUGUCGUACCUCAUAUCAAUUCUUAAUCGCUUGUCAUGUACCACACCCAUUCCUCGUCGUCUGGUCCUGGAUAGCUUCUCAGACGUAAAAUCAGGAGCGCUGAGGCUUGAGACCGUAGAAGGGGAGACAAUCACGUUGGGGCAAAUGCACUCCGCUGACCGGACCCCCAGCAUCACGAUCCACAACGACGUUUUCUGGGCUAGGGUACUCUUAUUCGGAGACGUGGGGUUUGCGGAGAGCUACCUGAUCCGCGAGAUCAGUUCGGACGACCUCACGGCUGUUUUUGAGUUCUUCAUCGGCAACAGCUCGGCCACUAACAAGCCCGCAGCAGCUGGCCUGUGGCCAUGGCUCUUUGGAACACCGUUCCAGGUCAUGUUGGGCAGGAGCAAUGACAUCAGAAAUGCGCAAAGCAAUGCCAAGGUCCACUACUCACAGAGCAACGAGAUGUUUUCCUCGUUUCUCAGCCCGGACAUGACAUACUCCGCCCCAAUAUGGCUGCCAAAGUCACAUCCCGGCUCCCAGGUCGAGACACUCGAGGAAGCACAGCUGAGGAAGCUCGAGUAUGCUCUGCGCCAGACGCGGGUGCAGGCUUCGGACCAUGUGCUCGAGAUCGGGACGGGAUGGGGAAGCUUCGCCAUCGUGGCUGCCCGCACGACUGGGUGUCGCGUGACGACCGUGACGCCGAGCAACGAGCAGAAGCGGCUUGCUGAGGAGCGCAUCAGGGACGCAGGCGUGGGCGGCAGGGUCGAGGUGUUGGAGGCUGACUAUCGUGAGCUGGGCGGCUUGGGCUCGUUUGACAAGAUCGUCAGCAUCGAGAUGAUUGAGCACGUCGGACAUGACUUUUUGGGUAUCUUCUUCGAGUGUAUGGAUCGAUAUUUGAAGGCUGAGGGAGGCAUUGGGUACUUCCAGUGCAUCACGAUCCCUGAGACCAGAUACGAGCGGUAUCGUCGAGGUGAGGACUUCAUCAAGAAGUACAUCUUUCCUGGCGGUCACCUUCCAACUGUCAGCGGGCUGGUGGCAGCCAUCAAUCGUGGCUCGCGGGGUAAACUCAUCGUCGAGGAGAUCAAAAGUAUCGGUGCGCAUUACCCGAGGGCGCUGAGGAGCUGGAGGGAAAGCUUCUUGGCAAACUUCGAUCUCAGAAUUAUGCCAGAGCUGCGAAGGAGUCAACCUGAAAUGACAGUGGCGGAGAUAGAGCUGUUCAGAAGGCAAUGGGAGUACUACUUCAGUUACUGCGAAGCAGGCUUCAAGACAAAGUCACUUGGAGACGUAGCCAUCACUGUUGCCAGAGAGAACUGCGUCGCGCUGCUGGAAGACCCGUAG